UAUUAUUACUAAAACAGUAUGUUAAUAUUAUAAUUAAUAAUUGUCGAUAACAUAAUGAGGCUUUUAAUAAUAAUAAAGCUUUUCUCCGCCAGGUUUUACUGCGAUUACUGUGACACGUACCUCACCCAUGACUCGCCCUCCGUGAGAAAAACCCACUGCAGUGGCCGGAAGCACAAGGAGAACGUGAAGGAUUAUUACCAGAAAUGGAUGGAGGAGCAAGCCCAGAGCCUGAUUGACAAAACAAUAGCGGCUGCAUUCCAGCAAGGGAAAAUUCCACCGACGCCGUUCUCGGCACCUCCUCCGGCCGGAGCCAUGAUCCCGCCUCCGCCCAGCAUCCCUGGCCCCCCCCGGCCCGGCAUGAUGCCAGCCCCACACAUGGGGGGGCCCCCGAUGAUGCCAAUGAUGGGCCCACCUCCCCCAGGAAUGAUGCCAGUCGGACCUGCUCCUGGGAUGAGGCCACCCAUGGGAGGACACAUGCCAAUGAUGCCAGGGCCCCCCAUGAUGAGACCCCCCUCCAGACCCAUGAUGGUGCCAACCAGGCCAGGAAUGACCCGUCCAGACAGAUAAAGAUGGAGAUGGAGCUGCCUUCUCAUUUUAGGACCUUCCCUAUGACAAACGCCACAGACCUGUGUCCCUGGGGCUUUGUACUCAGUGUGUGGAGAGAUUCUGCUGUAGCUUCAGCAUAAGAAUGGACACACCCUGCACUGACUUGUACAAGGUCUGGCUUUUUGGGUGUCUUUUCAAUUGUAUUAUGUUUUUCCCCCUCGUUUAAUGACAAAAGCAAGAAUAAACAUUGAUGUUGUUUCCA